AUGAUUUUUCAAAGAUUAAUUUUAUUACUUUCUUUAGUGUGGGCGGUAAUUGGUGGAACGUCCUUGAUCAUCUAUGAUUCAGAAUCAAUUGAUUUGGACCACCCUACCCCUGAACUUUUGAAAAUUGUUAGGUACAGUGAACUGAAAUUUAACCAAACCGUCGUUAGAGGUUACACCGACGAUGAUUUGAAGAUAUUCAUUGGUGAAGAAAGUAUUGUUGACAAGAUUUUCAUCUUACCUACUACUUCCAAGAAGAUUCUCAACAAAAAAGAAUUAAAUAAGGUAAAUUUAGUUAAAUUGUUGGAAAAGAAUGUUGAUAUUGUUGUUGUUGGAGAUCAUGAAAAGAACUACCCUGAAGAUAUCAAAGACUUUUUGAACGAAGUUGGUAUUUACCCAUCUCCAAAAGGUUAUAAAUUAGUUGAUCAUUUCAAUUCCGAUGAUAAAGUCAAAUUAACUAAACAAAAUAUUGGAUGUUCCAGGAUUUUAUCAUCCAUUGAUAAAGUAUAUGAUGGUCAAUCUGCCAUUAUUGAUAACAAUGAAAACUUAAUUCCAAUUGUCAAAGCUUCAUCUACCAGUUUCUCAACUAAUGAUAAUGUUAAUUCCAUCGAUAACGAUAAUACUUGGGGAAUUGGUGAACAAAGUUUUGUUGUUGUGGGAUUACAAAGUUUAAGUGGAUCCAGAUUAACUUGGUUCGGAUCUUAUGAUUUAAUUGAUGAAGAAAUCUUGUCUUGGUCUUUAGGUUUCAGAAACAUCUUAAAAUUACAAUUUGUUCAACAUCAUAAAGAAAGUGAACCUUCAAAACUUGAUGGUACUUUAUACAGAGUCAGUGAUCAAGUAAUCUAUACUAUUGGUGUCAGUGAAUUGGCUGAUAACGAAUGGAAACCAUACGAAGUUGAAGAAGGUGAUGCUUUACAAUUGAGUUUCAAAAUGUUGGAUCCUUAUCAAAGAUUGAACUUACAACCUUUAGGUAAAGUAUCAUCUACCGAAGAUGGUCCUUUAGAUACAUUUGCAUAUUUUGUUAAUUUCACUAUACCAGAUCAGCAUGGUAUGUUCACUUUUGAAUUAGAUCACAAAAGAUCCGGUUUAAGUUACUUAUCUGACAAGAAAGUUGUUGCAGUUAGACAUUUAGCUAAUGAUGAAUUCAAAAGAUCAUGGGAAAUUACCAAUGCAUGGUAUUAUAUUGCUAGUGCAAUGUUUGUUGUUGUUGGAUGGUUAAUCUUUGUUGUUAACUUCAUUUAUGUCAGUAGAGAUGAUUCACAAAGAAAAAACAUUUAA